AUGAUGAUAGUGAUGAUCAGACCAACAAUACUGGUGAGCUUUUGUUCCAUGAAAUGUACUCAAAUUCUGUUGAAGAAGAGAGAAAACAGUUCAGGUGGGAUGAGAAAGAGAGUGAAGAAGAAUCCAAGAACGAAAGAAGAGUCUUCAUCAGACCAUUCUCAUUUUGUGGCACAUGUCUCACUCUCAAGUCUAAAAAACGAUCGACUGUAUGUAACAAAGGGUUUUGCUAGUUCAAACGGUCUAGACAAAAUGAGUGGUAAAGAGAUCGUUCUUCUUAACGAGGAAGGAAGAUCAUGGAAUCUGAAUAUGACAUACAACAAAGCAGGCAUGCAUACAUUUAUAAGACCUGGUUGGAGAAGAUUCUGUGCUGAAAAUGGGAUGAACCAAGGUCAUCACUGUACAUUCAAACUGGUCCGAAAAUCUGCACCACCAGUCCUUCGUUUAUCUCGUGCAGGACAUGAGCCAAAACCAGCUCCAGAACCCUCAUUACACCAUUCUUACUAUGUGGGAACUGUCAGUUCUAGUAGCCUAAAAACUGAUAGACUGUAUCUUCAGAUGCAUUUUGUGACUGCAAAUGGUCUGGACAAAAGAUUCAGUGAGAUAACUGUACAGAAUGAAUGGGGAGGAAAAUGGAGUUUAGGGUUGAGACACUAUAAAUCAGUCAACCAUACUUAUCUCGGACCAGGCUGGAAAACUUUCUGCCAAGUAAACGGGAUCAAAGCUAGAGAUUCAUUUAUGCUUAAACUGGUUGAAACAGGGGACAAGCCUGCUCUCUUGUUAUGCAGUUCCAACCGUGGGAAAACACCAUUAGAGUGUUCAGAAGAUAGUGAUGCUGUAAACUCCCUCUCCUCAGAUACUAGCAGCGAAGAUGACAGUAGAGAAGAAUCCCAAGAAAGUGAAGAGGAGAGUAUUGAAGAUAAGGACAACUCACAAGAAUGCAUGUGUUCAUCUCCAUUUAGUAAACACCGUUUUGUGAGAUUAACUCUUACACAGAGCGCUUUUAAAACCUCUGUACUGUAUCUUCAGAGAAAAUUUGUGACUGCAAAUGGUCUGGAAGGAUUCAGUGAGAUAACGUUAAAGAAUCAAUGGGGAGGAAGAUGGACUUUACGUUUGAGAUACUACGAAUCACUCAACCAUACUUAUCUCGGACCAGGCUGGAAAACUUUCUGCCAAGUAAACGGGAUCAAAGCUGGAGAUUCCUUUAUGUUUAAGGUGGUUGAAACUGGGAACAAGCCUGCUCUCUUGUUGUGCAGUUCCAACUGUGGGGAAACGCCGUUAGAGUGUUCAAAAGAUUGUGAUGAUGUACACUCCCUCUCCUCAGAUACUAGCAGUGAAGAGGAGAGUAGUCUUGGAGACGAAGGCAGCUCACUGGGAUGGUUUGAGAUUGAGAAAGAGAAGAAUAUAUACAGAGCUUUAUCUUCAGAUAGUCAGGACCGAUUUGUGAAAUUAACUGUUACACCGAGAGCUCUUAAAACCUAUAAACUGAUGCUCCCGCUGGAUUUCACACGGGUUAAUGGCAUCAACAAGCCAGGGAAGAUAACUCUGUUAUAUAAAGAUGGAGUGAAGAAACAGGUGGUGGAUCUUUUGGAUCAGAAUAGAAAGACCGGAAUAAUGCGACUUGGAAAAGGAUGGAGAGAGUUCUGUGAUGCUCACGGUGUAAAGGUAGGAGAGUCCUUUCUUUUGGAACUCAUGUGGGAUGAAGAAGCAAUUCCAAUGCUUAAGUUCUGCACCAAACUUUGA